UCUUGAAUGAAAAAGCUGUUAAUAUAAAGCACUGGAACUUUAUAAGGCAGUGCAGACUGCAGAGCACAGACGAGCGAGGCCUUGAUGGUUUGCACUCAUGAAUCACAUCAGAAGCGACGGGGCCUGCAUGGCAGCGAUCGAGCUAGGUGCGCCGCAUCACCGGGGCAAGCUAGCCGAACCUGCAGAUCGAGGCUGGAAAGAAACAGAGAAAAAUUUGGCGUGCUGCUAGCUCCAUCUUUGCCAGUCCAUGGUGCCAAAUGUGUGAACCUUCUCUUUCUGUUCAAAAUGGCGUCUCUCCGUAGGUUUACGCAUGCAUUUAGUCUGCAGUUUGUCUACGACCUCGGUUCGCCAACGUCCUCACCAGGUUCCCAUCCAGGGAGACUCGAUUUGAUCAGUUUGUGUGAGAUCAUCCGUCGCCGGCGCCACCUAGCCAUCGAAUGAAUCCUGCGGCGGCGGCACUACAUGCACCGCGCGCGCACAUGCUGAGCGUGAGCGUGCACCGGUCGAGGCUGCUGGCGGCGGGCCGCGCGGCGCCGGACGAUGACGACGUCUGCGUCUGCUCCGUGAUCCUGGCCUCCGUGGUGUCCCUGAUGUUCCUCUGCGGGGUCCUCUCCGUGCUCCCCAGCCCCGGGGCCAUCGCCGCCACCAAGGCCUACGUCGUCCUCGGCGCGGCCGCGAUCAUGCUCGUGCUCACGCUCCUCGCCUGGCUCGUCGCGCCGGGGAUCCGGGCCCUCGCCGCGCCGCGGGCUCCGGCUCCGGCUCCGGCUCCGGCUCCGGCCCCGGCCCCGGCGACGGCUCCCGCGGCCCCGGCCGCGGCGCCCGUGCGCCUGGCGCGGCGCCUCUGCGCGUGCGGGCUGGCGGACGCGGCGGGGGUCGCCGCCGCGCUGCCGGCGUUCCCGUACGGCGGCCCCCCCGGAGCCGCGGCCGCGGACGGCGAGCGCCGGAGGAGCGGCGUGCUGUGCGCGGUGUGCCUGGAGGACGUGCUCGCCGGGGAGAUGGUGCGGCAGCUCCCCGCGUGCAGGCACCUCUUCCACGUGGGCUGCGUCGACGUGUGGCUCCGCGCGCACCGGACCUGCCCGCUCUGCCGCUGCGAGCUCCCGCCGCGUAAGCCCGCCGCCGCCGCCGCUGGUGCGACGGCCAGCGCGCCCGUCGUCGCGGCGGGAGCGCUGCCGCUGCCGCCUAUUUGA